AGAUUACAUGAUGGAAUUCACAUUUUCUCAAGAAAAGCUGCGUAUCAAGGAUCAAUACCAUUGAAGAUAUCUUCAAAUUGCAACACGUGAAGCAGGGUCCUGUAACAAGUUUAUCAAAAGAAUACAUACGAUGGAUCUCAAAGAAAGCUGCCCAAGUGUUAGCAUUCCCAGCUCUGAUGAACACAGAGAGAAGAAAAAAAGAUUUACUGUUUACAAAGUGUUGGUCUCGGUUGGCAGAAAUGAGUGGUUUGUCUUCAGACGGUAUGCAGAGUUUGAUAAACUCUACAAUACGCUAAAGAAACAAUUUCCCACCAUGAACCUGAAGAUUCCAGCUAAAAGAAUAUUUGGAGAUAAUUUUGAUCCUGAUUUUAUUAAACAGCGAAGAGCAGGAUUGAAUGAAUUCAUUCAGAAUUUAGUUAGACAGCCAGAACUAUGCAACCACCCAGAUGUCAGAGCAUUUCUUCAGAUGGAUAACCCAAAACACCAGUCAGAUCCAUCUGAAGAUGAAGAUGAAAGGAGCAGUCGGAAGUUAAACUCUACCUCACAGAAUAUCAACUUGGGACCAUCUGGAAAUCCUCAUGCUAAACCAACAGACUUCGAUUUCCUGAAAGUUAUUGGGAAAGGCAGUUUUGGCAAGGUUCUUCUUGCAAAACGAAAACUGGAUGGGAAAUAUUAUGCUGUCAAAGUGCUACAGAAAAAAAUUGUUCUUAAUAGGAAAGAGCAAAAACACAUUAUGGCUGAACGUAAUGUGCUUUUGAAAAAUGUGAAACAUCCAUUUUUGGUUGGAUUACAUUACUCAUUCCAAACGACAGAAAAGCUUUACUUUGUCCUGGAUUUUGUUAAUGGAGGAGAGCUGUUCUUUCACUUACAAAGAGAACGUUCCUUUCCUGAACACAGAGCCAGAUUUUAUGCUGCUGAAAUAGCCAGUGCACUGGGCUACUUACACUCCAUAAAUAUAGUGUACAGGGAUUUAAAACCAGAAAACAUUCUCCUAGAUUCACUAGGUCAUGUUGUGUUGACAGACUUCGGACUUUGUAAAGAAGGGAUUGCAAGUUCUGAUACCACUGCAACUUUUUGUGGGACACCAGAAUAUCUUGCACCAGAAGUCAUUAAAAAGCAGCCCUAUGACAACACAGUAGACUGGUGGUGCCUUGGUGCAGUUCUUUAUGAAAUGCUUUAUGGACUGCCUCCUUUUUACUGCCGUGAUGUUGCUGAGAUGUAUGAAAAUAUUCUUCAUAAACCCCUAGUUCUGCGCCCAGGAAUCAGUCUUACAGCGUGGUCGAUUCUGGAAGAACUUUUGGAAAAAGAUCGGCAGAGCAGACUUGGAGCAAGGGAAGAUUUUCUUGAAAUUCAGAAGCACCCAUUCUUUGAAUCUCUCAGCUGGUCUGACCUUCUUCAGAAGAAGAUUCCUCCACCAUUUAAUCCUAAUGUGGUUGGACCAGAUGAUAUUGGGAAUUUUGAUGCAGUGUUUACAGAAGAAAUGGUCCCAUACUCAGUCUGCGUUUCUUCUGAUUACAACAUUGUUAAUGCCAGUGUCCUAGAGGCGGAUGAUGCAUUUGUUGGAUUUUCUUAUGCACCACCUUCUGAAGAUAUGUUUUCCUAGAAAGUUAGAAGCCAACAGCAUUUUGGAAGUCUUGGGGUGAACUGAAAUUUUAGGGUUAUGGACACAUUCCAAAAUAGCGUAACUAGUGCCUCACUUUGUAUGUAGGUUUGAAACCUAUGAACAAACUUUCUCUGCUGUAUAGGAAAAAUUUGGGCAUUUUGGAUGGCUUUCUUUAGGGUUUAAACUGUUUCUGCUGCAGAAGAUAUUUUUUAAAAACUGUAAAAGCAUUCUCUCCGUAUUUUUUAAGCAAAAACACUGACUAUUCUCCUCAGUCCCUUCAAGUUUACAUUCAUACCUAUCUUAAGAUUUGGCUGGCACAAACAGCAGCAAAUUUAGUAAAUUUAUAAAUGCUUUUGUACCUAUUUACAGUGACUUUGUGCUUGAAUUGUAACUAUGCAAAUUGUCUUUUGUAUAUCCUGGUUUAAAAAAGGUAAAUGUUUUCCCUGUUAUUUCAGUUGGAAAUAUAUGUUGAUUUACCUAUUAGCACUUAAAUGAUGGGUUACUGUAAGUUAAGACCAAUAUUCUU